AUGAAGGAAGCCGCGAGUUCCCCGCCGCAUCCGGUGGAUGCCGAGCCUGCCGCCGCAUCUGGGCCUUCAGUCACUUUUGCGUCUCCCUCUGCAUGUUCCUCUACUGCCCUCGCUGCUUCGUCGUCGUCUUGCUCGAGCAAGGCUUUUCCACCUAUGCGGUGUCAGUUUUGCGGCUCGCCGCGCGUGAGCCUGGUUCGCGUAGCCUCUCGUUUGCGCAGCUGCCGCAGCUGCUUCAUCCGCGCGUUCGAGGAUGAAGUUUUGGCGUUCAUUCGGCAGUUUUCGCUCCUCCGUCGCGGCCAAAAGGUCGCGGUCUGCGUGUCUGGCGGCAAAGACUCCGUCGUCCUGCUUCACGUCCUCCACACACUGAACGAGCGCGAGAACUUGGGGCUCAGCCUGCACCUCCUCGCCGUCGACGAAGGCAUCAAAGGCUACCGCGAUCACGCACUCGCCUCCGUCCAGCGAAACAGCCAACUCUAUCAGCUGCCUCUCCAUGUGGUCUCUUACGACGCCCUCUAUCAGGGAUGGACUAUGGAUCGGAUCGCCGCACAGGAUCUCGCGAUGCGCAAAGCCUCACCUCCUCAGGACGACGCUAAGACGGGCUCGGCCUCAGCUGCUGAGGCUUGCGCGGCCUCCGCCGCCGCGUCUUCUCGCCUUCUGUCCUCUGCGUCUGGGAGUCGGUUGUGCUCGUGUCGUGGGGGGGGAGGCGUCGGCGGCGCAAGCUGCGCCGGCGCGCCCAGAGACGCAGAGGGGCAACAACCAUCUUCCAGUUCAGGCGACCGCGACCAGAUCCCCUCAUGUUGUCCUUCCGCUUCGUCGUCUUCUGCAGCGUCGGUGGCGGAGAAGAGGGGUCGCGGCGAAGGCGACAAGGCGAGCGGUGGGAAGGGCUUUACGCACAGUUGCACCUUCUGCGGGAUUUUUCGACGGCAGGCGUUCGAGCGCGGCGCGCAGGACAUCGGCGCCGAUGUGCUGUGCACGGGGCACAACGCAGACGACGGGGCUGAAACGUUUCUGAUGAACAUUUUGCGUGGAGACGUGCAGCGGCUGCCGGUCUCCGGCGCGCCGCUCACGGGCUCGAGCGAGGGGCCGAGCGUGAUGCGCGUCAAGCCGCUGUUCGCUGCGUACCAGAAGGAAAUCGUGCUUUACGCGCACUUCACCCGCCUGGACUACUUCGCCACCGAGUGCACGUAUAGCGGCGCCGCCUACCGCGGGCUCGUCCGCAACUUUCUCUCGUCGCUCCAAGAUCACCACCAGCAACAGAGAGUCCUCGACCUCCUCCGGGCGGCGCGCAUGCUGUGGCAGCCGCCGGCCCCCGCCUUGCCCGCGAGGGAAGAGAAGGAAGGGCUCGUGAGUGCUCGAGGCGGAGGUCGUGAGGGCGAUGAAGCAGAUGUGGUCUGUGGAGGAGGGCGAGGAGAGACGGAGAAGAGGGGUUCUGAGGAGGACGCAGCGUGGGUAGAGGACGCGAGUUCGACUGAGGCAUGCGGUCUGCCGUCUGCGGAACCCGACUCCGCCUCUUUGGAGGUUGAGUCACCGCAGCCCGCGCCGCACACUCGCGCUUCUUCAGUGUCGGGUGCCGCGGCCUCCUCUAAAUCAGCUUCCUGUUCGUGCAUUUCUGCUGGAAGAAACCCACGCGCGCGGAGAGAAUCGGCCCAAGCAGAAAGAGAGAGACACCCUCCUCAGAAACCCGACGAUCUGCGCCCGUGCGUCCUCUGCGGCUUCCUCACAAAGAACGACUUCUGUCGCGCCUGCGCGCUCGUGAAGGCGCUGAACGAAAACAAGCUCAACUUUGUCGGGCUCAGCGCGAGGAAGGCGGGUCGGCUGAUGGACGGCGAAGGCAACAAACCAAAGAAAAAGGCCGAAAAACGUAACGGGCGCGCGGGGGCAAGCGCCUGCGAAAAGGGACUGCCUCAAAGAGAGCAACAAGCCUGCGGUGGCGGCGACAGAACCGAAGGCUUGCGGGGUUCGCUCGCGUGGUGA